AUGGGUUCGACGCAGCCGUCAGACCCCAAUUUGCCCUUCGGCUAUGCCGUUGAUCCUUCGCAAGACUUCUUCCUCGACCCUCCCGAACCUGCGCCUGGCGCUCCUCUUCUCUCCGACAAUGAAACCAAAUUACUCAGUUCCUUCUUCGAGGACAUGACUGCCGAUCAUUACAAUCUACCUUCUUUCGGCGAAGGACUCAACUUCAGCGAUGCUUGGUUGGAAUUACCUCCCCAGUUCAUGGGGACGGCAACAUCUUUUGGCCAGUCGCCGGCACCGCCGCCUCUUGCGUCCCCUGGGCAUAGUAUGCCCCAUAACGACUUUGCGGACAUGAUGUCCAUGGGCUCAAACCUGAUGCCUCCUCCUCCCCCUCCCCCACAGCAGCAGCAGCAUCAGCAGCAGCCGCCACCGCCGCCGCAGCAGCAUCAUCAUCAGCAAUCACACCCGACACUCGAUCAGCACGCCUCAGCCGACGUUCUUCAGGCCGCCAGCACACUACUGCACAACGGUUCCUCGUCAAGAACAAACACAAAUGGGUCUGGGCCGAUGUUCAGCAGCACCAGGGACGUUCCGCACUCCCUCGGUCCACCCGUCGGCCACCUAAGGCACCAACCUAUGGAGGAUUUCAAGCGUGCUGAACGAGGCAGCGUGGCUCAGGCCAGUCUCGUCGAUGAUCAUGAUAGCACAUUCGCGGACAUGUUUUUCGGACCCGCUCCUGGCGAGAGAGUGUCUUCGCAACGGGCUAACCAGGUUCCCAAUAUCGAUGUACAGUGGGGCUCGGAUGCUCGAUUCAACCGCUCCAACAGCUUUGUUCCGGAUCCUAAAGAAACCUACGAUGCUCUGUCUCGAGGCCAGCUGAGGUACAUGGAAUGCUUGGAGCCAAGCCAAAGCACAGAUAAUACUCGCCCACCAAGCCCGAACGGCGAGCACGCAAUAGGAAAAGGUCACAGCCGAAAGUCAUCCGAAGUAUUGAAAAAAGAAGAGGAUGCUGAUGCACCGCCAAGAAAAAGGAGGAAGAGCAGGAGCACGAAGGAGGAAGUUGACGAGGAUGAUGAAGAGAAUGGUACCACAAUGAAAGCAGCGAGAAAACGCAAGACGAAGACCGAACCUACGUCAGCCACCCCGCCAGCAGAAAACGGCACAGGCCGGAGGCGUAAAUCCGGGACUGGAGCCAAGCCAGCACGGGAGAACCUCACGGAUGCACAGAAACGAGAAAACCACAUCAAGAGCGAGCAAAAGCGCCGUACUUUGAUCAAGGAAGGCUUCGAUGACCUCUGCGAGCUUGUGCCAGGUCUCAAGGGAGGCGGCUUCAGCAAGAGCACGAUGUUGACUAUGGCGGCCGAGUGGCUUGAAGAGAUAAUGAAGGGCAACGACGAGCUCAGGGCCCAGGAAAGCGCCCUCGUGGGACGGUAA